AUGGUGUUCGCUCCAGGUGAGAAACCUGGAAAUGAGCCUGAAGAAGUGAAGCUGCAGAAUGCCAGCAAACAGAUUGUGCAGAAUGCCAUCCUGCGAGCUGUGCGACAGGUCUCCCAGGAAAGUCAGCGGAAGGAAGAGGGGACGGGGGACCCAGAAAGCAGCUUCCAGGUCGGGGUGGGGGUACUGACCAAGAAGCAUGAGAAGAAGUAA